AUUUCCUCUACCCAUUUCCAAAACAGAAAAUGGCGAGUAAUACAGCUGAUCUUGACUUCUCUGACUUGACUGGGGAGGACCAUGGUAUCUCAGGAAGUCACGAUCAAGAUGGAGCAUCUUCUCAGAGUGAAGACAUAUGCCGUGUGUGUCGAGUGGGAUCGUUGCCAGGACGACCAUUAUUCCACCCUUGUGUGUGCACUGGGAGCAUCAGAUACAUACAUCAGGAUUGUCUGGUCCAGUGGCUCAAGCACAGUGGGAAGGAGUUCUGUGAGCUUUGCAUGCACCGAUUCGAGUUUGUGCCCAUCUACCGCCCUGACAUGCCCACAAGGCUUCCAGUGUCAGAGCUGAUAGGGGGACUAGUGAGAGGAGCUCUAAAGAACGUGAGACACUGGCUGCACCUCGGCUUCGUAGCCUUUGUCUGGCUCGUCAUCGUACCAAUUUGCAUAUAUCGUAUCUACAGCUUCCUGCUUUAUGGCUCCCUAUGGUCCAUUGCAUCAUUUCCUUUCCAACUCAUCUCUCUAGAGAACCUCCUCCUGGAUGACGUGUAUGGUCUGCUGAUAGUGUUUGUGUCUCUACUGGGGUUCAUCAGUAUGGUGUGGCUCAAGGACCAGUUAGGUAAUGGAGGGGCCCCUAACUGGCUGGCCAGAGACCAACAGGAUGUCGUCCAACUUAGGCAAAGAGAGGCACAGAAUGUGAUAGCAGAUGUGAGAGAGAAUGCCCCUGAGGGGCAAGCAGUUGCUAUGGGGAUAGCACAGCUGCAUGACAGUUUGGCAGCGGAAAUGGAGAGUCUCACUGCCCUGGAGCGAGAAAAGUACGGGGAGGAGUUGGAAGCUCUUGAGGCAAGGAAGGCGGAGCUACUGGAUAGGCUAGAAUACCGACCAGCAGAGCCAGCCCUACACUUACCACGCUCGUCUAUACGAGACCAAGCCACACCCACGUUACAGUCCCAGGGAAAUCGCGAAGCUGAGCAGCACACCUUAGAAGCUAGUGGCGCACUGACAGACAAUUCUCCUAGGAGAGAGGAUGCUACUUUAUUUGCUGAACAUGAGCGGACCUUAGAUCCCCCAGCAGGAGAUCGUGUGGCUGACGAUGAGCUUACCAUGCUGACACUAACAGAACUAAACUUUGUAAAUGAUCGGCUGCAGGAGACAAGGAUACAGCACCAGCAAUCCCAGGACAUCAUUCAACAGUUCCUGAAUGUGACUGACAGCAAUGUUCCUAAUACUGAUGAAGCAGUGGCUCCUCUGUUGAACUCAAAGGCGAUAGGAGAAGACGAAAAAAUGGUUCUCAUCAAGAUAUUGGAGAUUAAGGAUAAUAUCGAUGCGGCCAUUCAUCGUGAGGAGGAAGACCAAGAGAGACUGGAGGGUGAAGAUGAUGUUGUGGAGAGGGGGGCUCGUAGGAACAUGCGGUUCAACCAGAUACUCGAUAGACCACACGACGACCAGGUGAACGAUCCUGGACAGAGGAAUGCCCAACCUCCCCAACCUCCCCAGCCUGCUCCUCGUCCAAACAUAGUUCCAGCACUAGCUGGGCUCGCCAGAGAACAACCAAUGGACGGUGCUAAUGGUGCAGCUCAAGAGAACGUGGAGGAGCUCACCUGGGCCAGGUUGCUUGGUUUGGAUGGGUCGUUUCGUUUCCUGGAGCACGUGCUCUGGCUCAUUUGUCUCAACUCUGCACUCAUUAUUGCAUUUGCGUACCUUCCCUACCAGUUGGGGUACUUAGCUGCUCUUCUCUUCAAUCUCUGGGAGCGGCUUGGUAUUCAGACGUGGAGAGGAAUGUUCUCAAUUCUGUUAGGCUAUGUUAUCACCACUGUCUUCAUCAGCGGAAUCUAUUACUUUACUGGUAUGCUGAGACUGCCUCGCUUGAAGAGUAUUCUAGGAAUGGCCUAUGUGGGCAUUAAGGUUGGGUUGAUCUUAGCGGUCGAGGCUGGAAUCUUUCCGCUCAUGUGUGGAUGGUGGAUAGACAUCUGCUCCUUUGCUUUGUUUGGGUCCACGAUGAAAAGUCGUCAGACAAGUCUGUCCAGUGCCCCGGGCACAGUGAUGUUCAUCCACUGGCUUGUUGGCAUGAUCUUUAUCUUCUACUUGGCCUCAUUUGUGCUCCUGAUGAGAGAGGUGGUCCGACCAGGUGUCCUCUGGUUCCUUAGAAACCUCAACGACCAGAACUUCCACCCCAUUCAUGAGAUGAUCGGGCUGCCGCUUCAGCGCCACCUUAAAAGAUUCGUCAUGUCAUGUAUUAUGUUUGGAGUGUGUCUGGUAGUGGUCGUGUUCAUCCCCAGUCGCCUGGUCCUCCUCUGUGCCAAAGGUUUCCUGCCCUAUCGGCUCACCCUCUCCAGUACCUUCAAUCACGUUAGAGAGGUUCAGUUGGAGCUCAUCCUGCUCCAGUUUGUCAUUCCCACGCUACUGGAGCAUGGCAACUGUAAGGCUGGACUUAAGGUCCUCAUCACAGCGUGGGCUCGUCUCUCUGCUAGAAUGUUUGGGCUCCAGUCUUACCUGUUGGACAAACAUCAGAGUGAGGGUGAAGUGGUUGAUCUCCAUGGUAACGUGAUCCCUGACGUCCCUGUGAACCCUGACCCCAAUAGUCCAGUGUACACGGGACCCACGCAGGUGCUGGGCCCUGGAUUUGCACCGUUUAAGCCAUACCUUCGACCACCACUUUUCUAUGCAAGGAUCACUCUAUUCCUGCUCUUCACAUUGGUGAUGAGCAUAUUCUUCUCUUGCCUGUUCCUCGUCCUUCCUGUAUCAAUUGGACGCAUUUUAAUGAGUGCGUGUGGUGUGACGCAAGUCCCUGAGAUCUACACUUCUGCUAUUGGGCUCUACAUCCUCUGGGUAACCAUUCGAUUUUGGGCUACAAUCACUUCCUACAUUAUGCAAGGCACAGAGAUGCUUGUGACUCAGAUGAAACUUUGGAGCUUUCAGGGAGUCAAAUGUGUAGUGGCUGGUUUUCUAUUGUUUGUGGUGAUUCCUCUCCUCCUGGGUCAUUUGGUGAACCUCCUACUAAUCAGUCCUCUGAGAGUGCCCCAUGAUAGAACACCUGUGUUUUACCCUAGCACGGAGUGGGCCCUGGGACUCCUCCACACCAAAUGCACAUGUGGUGCUAUAUGGCUCACCAAUGUCAGCUUCAAAACUAAGCUGGAUCGUGUGUAUCAAGACGGUCUGAGAAACCUGAACCUUGGCUUUGUGGUGAAGGAGGUAGCCUGGCCUGUCAUUGUACCCCUCUCUCUGUUUAUCACUGUCCCCUAUGUCCUCUGUGUGGGCAUUUUGCCAGAACUAGAUCUAGUAACGGCCACCUCCUCACUCUUGGCCUAUCGCUACUUCUUCCCCUCUGUUCUUGCCCUCAUACUUAUAAUAACCUUUGUUGUGUUUGUUGCCAAGCAACUGCGUCGCCUCUAUGUCCACGUCAAAAAUGAAAAGUAUUUGGUUGGCCGACAGUUGGUCAAUUACAGUACGUCAACUGCGAACGACACAGCCAGUACAGCAGAUCAAGUUACACAAGAUGAGACUUGAUUAUUGUGCAUGUCUUUGAGCUGUUUUAACGAUCAUCACAUAAUUAUAGGACAGAAAUUAAUAGAUACAAUAAUUAAGCAUCGAUAAAGAAAUUUGUGUUGUGCACUGUUUGGAUAAUAAUUAUUGCUGUGAAUCAUUA